AUGGGUUUCUGUCUGGUCGGUUCGCCUCAUGUCCAGCUUCUCCUCAACAUCCUUUUUUUGGGAUUAAGCUCUGCAUCUGAGAGCUUCCUAAUCAGAAUGACUUCCUUCCAUCAGUGCCCGUGGGAGAACUGCGCCCAUUAUCAUGAGCAAGAGCGAGAACCAGUCGCGAUUGCAAUGCCAUCGCCUGAGCACGAUAUUCGGCUUGACAGUUCAGCCGAUCGCUCACAGGCGGGCUGCAGCGACACUAUGAAAACAUCCGAGACCGCCGCCAAUAUCCAACCGAGCACAUCCACGGAAGAGACGAAGGCCACGGAGGCGACUCCGAUCUCUCAAGCAUUGAAGGUCGAUCAGAAGAAAACGGACGGUGCUUGCCUUCACGAGAAGCCGAAUUACGGAUGGAACUGUAAAAGCGGCGACAGCCCAGGUGAUGGCCCCUGCCAUCCUGAGUGGUGGGAUUGUUUACCUGGCCAACACCGCAGCAACCAGAAUAAAGAGCGUUUUCGAUUGUCGGCCAAUGGAUUCGCGUCGAUGCAGGCAGCCAUCGAACCUCCCAAACAAAAAACACACCUAGCCCGAAAACCUCUUUACGCGGGUCUCGACGCGCUUUCAGAGGCCACCGCGUUGGAGACAUUCAAGACCCAAGACAACACCAUCUCUGUCAACAUGCCACGCAGAAUCAAGAAGGCCGUCCCCCAGGACGCGCAAACGCCCGUCUUCGCCGUCAAGUUCAUCCACAAGGGCUAUGCCGUCAAGCAUGGCCGGGUGUCGGCAAAACAGCUGUUGAUGGAGGUAUCGCUUCACUCGCAUGUCGGCCAGCACCCGAACAUCAUCGAGUGGUUUGCUUCAGGAGAGGACACCAACUGGAGAUGGAUCGCCAUGGAGUUCGCCGAGGGAGGCGACCUCUUCGACAAGAUCGAGGCCGACGUCGGCGUGCACGAGAACAUCGCUCACCUCUACUUCCUGCAGCUUAUCAGCGGCGUAAGCUUCAUCCACUCGAAGGGCGUUGCGCAUCGAGACCUGAAGCCUGAGAACAUAUUGCUGUCCGAGACAGGCAGUCUCAAACUCGCCGACUUUGGUAUGUCGACCAUGUUCGAGUACAAGGGUCAGCGGAAGACGAGCUCCACACUCUGCGGGAGCCCACCAUACAUCGCCCCCGAGAUUCUCGCUUGCGGCAAGGCGGAAAAGAAGUCUUUGCCAACCGCGAGCAAGUACUCGCCGGACCUCGUUGACAUCUGGUCAUGUGGUGUCAUUCUCUUCGUCUUGCUGGUGGGCAACACCCCUUGGGACGAACCGUCCAACGGCAGCUGGGAGUAUCAAGAGUACGUCCGGACGAACGGCCGCAGCACAGACGCCCUCUGGGGGAGGAUACCGCCGAAUGCCCUGUCGCUGCUACGCGGCAUGAUGAACAUUGACUCCAAGAAGCGCUUUUCAUUCCAACAAAUCCGUCAACAUCCGUGGUACACCAGACCAAACCCGCACCUGACAUCCGACGGAAAUAUCUCCGACCCCCUUAACCUGGCCACGCAGAUGCUAGAGAGCCUCAAGAUCAACUUCAACCAGCAGCCGACGGCGUCCCAAAGCAAUCCGUCUAGCAGUGAUCCCAUGGAUAUCGACACCGUCGGUAAGGUCUCCUUCACACAACCCGAGACGCCCAUCAAUGAUGUCGCAUGGGACUGGGAGCGCCCUGCCCUUAAGAUCAUGAACCCCAUCGCCGUCUCCUCGACGCAGCCCAUGUCCCGGAGCGUCAGUGGCGUCGCCAACAGACGAAUGUUCCUACAAUCACUCGCCGACGAGCCGUCCAUGAGCCAGUUCUCGCAGACCCCCGGCGUCCCCUUGACCCUGACCCAAGCGGCGCGCCGCUUCCGCGAUAUCGUGCCGUCCGAGUCCCUCACGCGCUUCUUCUCACACGUGCCGCCGCAGCUCAUUGUGCAGAUGCUCAACGACGCGCUGCACCAGCUCAACGUCCCGCUGCCGCCCACAACGCCGAAUCUGAGUGCAGAGCACAUCGUCACGAUCAGAAUCAAGGCUCUCGACGAGCGGCGGCAGUCGAUGCACGGCGAGAUUCACGUUGAUAAGCACAGGCUGCCGGAGGAGGAGGAGCUGUUGGAUAUCCGGUUCGUCAAGAUCAAGGGCGACCCGCUUGAGUGGCGUCGUUUCUUCAAGAAAAUUGUGGUGCUUUGCAAGGAUGGCGUGUAUGUGCCGGAAACAUGA